CUAGAAGUCCACAAACCGAAUAACUACGCCGGAGAACAACCAGCCGGUGAGUCGAGACUUGAGAGCACUUAACAACAAAUCAACAAUGCAAGAGCAAAAAUCCACUACUGACUCCGUUGCAAUCGAUCAAGAGAAUCCUGAUUCAGCUCUUCAAUCUGACUCUUCUAAACUGAAAUCAAAGAUUGAAGAAAAACAGCAGGAAGAAGAACAAGUGGAAGAACGUGGUGAAGAAGAUGAAGAAUUGAGAAGGCUUUUGUUGCCUAACGCUCAGGAUCUGCCCAAAACUCCUCCUUCUGCUGUUGAAGCCAAUUUCACAACUUUUUUCGUUUCGGAUUUUAUGAAGCCUGGACAUGAUCAGUAUGUUCGUCGUCAUGCCAAUGGGCUGUGUGUUAUUGGUUUGGCUCCAUCUCAUGUGGCAUUUAAGGACACAGGCGGAAUUACUUCUGUAGAUUUUAAUGUGGGGAAGUCUGAUAGGAGUGAGAUUAAAGUUACUGGAAAGCGAAAAAAGAAUGCACAACACUUCGAAUCUAAUACUGCAUUAUGUAAAGUGUGCACUGGUGAUGCUACUUACAUAGUGAGGUGCUGCGUAAAAGGCUCACUGUUGGAAGUCAAUGAAAGGUUAAUCAAGCAACCAGAAUUGCUCAACACAUCACCAGAAAGAGAGGGAUACAUUGCAAUUAUCAUGCCAAAGCCUGCUGAUUGGCUCAAGUCAAAGGCUUCCUUGCUGGACUCUGAACAAUAUAAGAAGUCAAGAACGGAGCUGUGACUUGGAUUAAUUUGUGCUAGAAAUGGCAGCUUCUGUUGAGGAGAAGACAUUAUACUGAUUCAUUAGCCAUUUGUUAUCAUGUUUUCCUGUUUUAGGAAUUUUAAAUGCGUUAAUGUUGAUCAUAUUCAGUUUAUCGCCAAGUGAAAAGAAUAGGCUAAGUUUGGACAAAACUUCUGCUGUCUGCAGUAAGCACCGCCAGCCCGUAUGUUGAAGCAUUUCAUUUAAAGGAUCUGAUAAAACUUUUAUAUACGUCGAAGUCUCUGGUCUAAAAUGCUCUACUAAUAUCAUGCUUUGAG